AUGUUUAUAUUACUUAUGGUGUCGAUAAUCCUCUUGUUUUACUUUAUAUCUACGCGGAAAUAUGGCUACUGGAAAAGGAGAAAAGUGCCUCACGUCAAACCUACCAUCCUCGUCGGAAACUACGGCGACAUUAUUUUCCAAAAGAAGAAUUUUGCAGAAGGCGUGCAAGGCAUCUGCAAACAGUUACCCAAUGAGAAGUAUAUCGGCGCUUUCUACAGCACCGAACCAGUAUUCAUCCCUUUGGAUCCUGAUAUCAUCAAGCUCAUCGUAGCCAAAGACUUUUACUACUUCAAUGGACGAGAGCUAUCAGAACACAGCCACAAGGAACCAGCUGCGCUGAACAUCUUCUCCACGUAUGGAGACAAUUGGCGGGUCCUGCGUCAGAACAUGACCCUACUUUUUUCGUCCAGGAAAAUGAGAAAUAUGUUUUAUCUCAUUGAGAAAUGUUCACACGUAUUUGAAGCAAUGCUCGAUCGUGAGACCAGCGUGUCCAAUGAGCUGGAGACUAGGUUGGUGACAGCGAGGUAUACGAUUGAAUGCAUUGGAGCUUGUGUGUUUGGUGUAGAUGCUAACACCAUGACGGGAGAGAUGCAAGACAAUCCGUUCAGCAAGAUAGCGGCUCUAACGAGUCCAACAAAAUAUGCUGCCUUCAUACGAGGAGUCCGCAAUGUUUGGCCAUCAAUCUUCUAUGGAUUAGGACUUCAGUUAAUGUCAAAACAAAUGGAUUUCUUCAAAAAUUUGAUCACUUCUGUCAUGAAUCAGAGACAAAACAAGCCUUCGGGGAGGAACGACUUUUUGGAUCUCAUACUAAGUUGGAAGUUAAAGCAAACUAUAGAUGGUGACAGUAUUACGUAUAUAAAGACCGGUGGACGACACAGAGUGUCCUUGAAGGCUGAUGAUGAUUUACUGGUGGCUCAGUGUUUUGUUUUCUUCAAUGCUGGAUUUGAAACAUCGGCAACUAUUCUCAGUUAUACUCUCUACGAGUUGGCAAAGAAUAAAGAAAUUCAGAAUAGAGUAUUGGCAGAAGUAGACGCUUAUAUGGAGCAGUAUGAGAAUAGACUUUGUUAUGAAUGUGUGAAUGAGUUUCCGUACCUUUGGGCUGCUGUUGAUGAAGUUCAACGUUUGUACCCUGUUCUUGGAGUGAUAUUUCGAGAAACAAUGGAGAACUAUACACUACCUGAUGGUUUAGUUAUUGAAAAAGGGAUGCGUGUUCACAUUCCAGUCUAUUAUUUGCAUCACAAUCCGAUGUAUUUUCCGGACCCUGAAGAAUUCCGUCCAGAAAGAUUUUUAGGAGAAGAAAAGCAAAAGGUUAAUCCAUACACGUACCUGCCUUUUGGAGAAGGACCGAGAACUUGCAUGGGUAAGUUAUUUUGUUAAUUCAUCUAAAGUAAACUUAAUUAAAAACUCAUACUGAUUAGAUAUUUAUCCGUUCAGUCGUCCACUCUUAACAUUUUGUGUCGUUUGAACACUGGACAAUCGAUAUCCUGUGAACCAAUGGUCCUGUAAUACGAAAAUAAAUAAAAAUCAAUAAAUACAAGGUCAAGUGCCGGUAGCUGUCAGUUCCACACUUUGUAAAGAUGUCACUGGCCUUCC